CUGCUGAGGUUGGUCAGUUGCGUGAGAAGCGAGAGGGGCUGCAAGAGAGAAGGCUCUGCCAUGUCGUCCUUGGUCAGAAGAGUGAUAAGCACAGCGAAAGCCCCAGGGGCCAUUGGUCCCUACAGUCAAGCUGUGUUAGUCGGUGGGACCGUUUACAUUUCAGGACAGCUAGGCAUGGACCCUUCUAGUGGACAGCUUGUGCCAGGAGGGGUAGUGGAAGAAACUAAACAAGCUCUUACAAACAUGGGGGAAAUUCUGAAAGCUGCAGGCUGUGACUUCACUAAUGUGGUAAAAGCAACUGUUUUGCUGGCUGACAUAAAUGACUUUGGUGCUGUCAAUGAAAUCUACAAACAGUAUUUCAAGAAUAAUUUUCCUGCUAGAGCUGCUUACCAGGUUGCUGCUUUGCCUAAAGGAGGCCGUGUUGAGAUUGAAGCAGUAGCUGUCCAAGGACCUCUCACAACAGCAGGACUAUAAGUGGGCCCCGUGUUAUUUAGUCUGAAAUUUUCAUUAUGUUUUAAAUUAACAUCUUAAUUUUAACAAUUGAUGAAAGUGUAAGUUUGACUGAAAUAUAUGGAGUUAUUAUGGAAAUACCACAUAAUAGGGAGAGUUGAACAUGACUUGAAGAUUAGGUAGUGAAUCCAAUUACUGGUGUUAUAAAUUACACAUAGGUACACCCAUAUUACUGAACAUAGAAGAGACACUCAUUACAUAGUUACUCAAAUAAAUAAAAGUAAAGGGAAAUAACAUGUAGGCAAGAUGAGUUAUUGUUCCUGAGAUAAUCAAGAGCACACCUAAUACAAUUAAAUUCUAUUAAUUUAAUGAUGUGAAAUAUUUAGUUCUUAUGUCAGAUGUGAUUAUGACACAUAUUGAGUACAAUUAAAGUAUUUAAAUUUGAAUGGUAGAGGUAAAGAAGAAGAAAGUGGACCAACAUUUUAUAUAGAUAAUAUUUUU